AGUGAGAGAAAGCAUACGCCGAGAUGUCGGGUUGGGACGAAGGAGCAGUAUACUACAGCGACCAAGCACAGUUUCCUCACGGCGGAGCUGCAGGCGAUAACGCCGAAAACGGAGGUGCGAGCCGCCACGUCAUUCUCAGGAAAUUCAAGGAGUUCAUCCGUAACUUCCCUGAUAAGUCUCAGCCGAACGUGUUUCCUUACAGAGAAGCACUCCUGGAGAACCAAAAUUACCUGAUUAUUAACUUAUCCGAUCUCCUUUCUUAUGAGAGAGACCAAACCCUACCUGAACUCCUUCGACAAAAUCCCGCCGAUUACCUUCCUCUGUUUGAAACUGCAGCAGCUGAGGUUCUUGCAAGUCUGAGAUCGAGGGUAGCUGGUGAGAGUGGAGAAAUGGAGGAGCCGGAGAUUGGUGAAGUACAAAUACUCUUGAGGUCAGAGCAGGAUUCAAUGUCAAUGCGUUCCCUUGGGGCACAAUGUAUUUCGAAGCUGGUCAAGGUAUCUGGGAUUGUUAUUGCUGCAUCAAGGACUAAAGCGAAAGCAACUUAUGUGACCUUGCUAUGUAAGAACUGCAAAAAUGUGAAGAUUGUCCCAUGUCGUCCAGGGCUUGGAGGAGCUGUUGUACCCCGUUCUUGUGAUCAUGUUCCUCAGGUGGGGGAGGAUCCAUGUCCUAUUGAUCCAUGGGUAGUGGUUCCAGAUAAAAGUAAGUAUGUUGACCAGCAGACGCUCAAAUUGCAGGAAAACCCUGAGGACGUUCCUACUGGAGAGCUGCCAAGAAAUAUGCUUCUGUCUAUAGAUCGCCAUCUUGUUCAAACUAUAGUGCCUGGUACAAGGCUGACUAUAAUGGGGAUCUACAGUAUCUUCCAGGCUGCAAAUUCAUCGACAUCUCACAAAGGAGCUGUUGCUGUUAGGCAGCCUUAUGUUAGAGUUGUUGGAAUGGAAGAAACAAAUGAGACCAAUUCUCGAGGGCCGGCCAACUUCACAGUAGAUGAGAAAGAAGAAUUUCUGAAAUUUGCAUCUGAUAGUAAUGCUUAUGAAAAGAUAUGCUCAAAGAUUGCUCCCUCAAUAUUUGGUCAUGUUGAUGUCAAGAAAGCUGUAGCAUGCCUUUUAUUCGGAGGAUCAAGGAAGUUCUUGCCCGAUGGUGUAAGAUUAAGAGGUGAUAUCAACGUAUUGCUCUUGGGGGAUCCCUCAACUGCUAAAUCACAGUUCCUAAAAUUUGUGGAAAAGACAGCCCCAGUAGCUGUAUACACUUCUGGCAAAGGAUCUUCAGCUGCUGGUCUCACAGCUUCUGUCAUUAGGGAUAAUAGCUCCCGUGAGUUUUACCUAGAAGGAGGAGCCAUGGUCUUGGCAGAUGGAGGAGUUGUCUGUAUUGAUGAGUUCGACAAAAUGAGGGCAGAAGAUAGAGUUGCUAUUCAUGAAGCGAUGGAGCAGCAAACAAUUUCCAUUGCUAAGGCUGGAAUAACAACAGUCCUUAAUUCAAGAACCUCCGUGCUUGCAGCGGCUAAUCCUCCAUCUGGACGCUAUGAUGAUCUCAAGACUGCACAAGAUAACAUUGACUUGCAGACAACAAUUCUUUCAAGAUUCGAUUUGAUUUUCAUUGUGAAAGACAUCAGGAUGUACAGUCAGGAUAAGAGUAUUGCUAGCCAUAUCAUCAAGGUCCAUGCAUCCGCUGAAGCAUCUAGGGAUGACACUAGAACUUCUAAGGAGUAUAAUUGGCUGAAAAGAUAUAUACAAUAUUGUAAGACCAAUUGUCAUCCGCGACUAUCAGAUUCUGCAGCCUCAAUGUUACAAGAAAGUUAUGUCAAAAUUAGGCAGGAUAUGAGGCGGCAGUCGAAUGAAACUGGGGAAGCAGCAGUAAUACCAAUUACUGUGCGGCAACUAGAGGCCAUAGUGAGGUUGAGUGAAGCUCUUGCAAGAAUGAGACUCUCCCAAGUCGCAAAUGAAGAUCAUGUCUUGGAAGCAAUUAGGCUCUUCAACAAUUCCACAAUGGAUGCAGCACGAUCUGGAAUCAAUCAACACAUAAACCUUACUCCUGAGAUGGCAAAUGAGAUAAAGCAAGCCGAAGCCCAAAUUAAGAGAAGAAUGGGUAUUGGUAGCCAUAUAUCAGAGAGACGGCUAAUUGAUGACCUGACCAGGAUGGGCUUGAAUGAAUCAAUUGUAAGAAGAGCACUGAUAAUUAUGCAUCAAAGGGAUGAAGUGGAGUACAAACGAGAACGGAGAGUCAUAGUCCGAAAAGCCUAAUGAUUGUACUACUUUGUAGCCUUAUAAGCAAACUUUGAGCAAGUUAAUGUCACUAAGACACUAUCCACAGUCAUGUAAUUUGAUGAUUUGAAUACCGUCAGCAAAUCAAGCAGAAGUAUUUAAAUUUCAAUUUCGGAGUAAGCGUUGUGAUAUUGCCUCUCAACACCUCUUUACAUUAGUCUGUUCUGAUUAUUGAACUGUAGUGUCCAAGGGUAGGAAUGCACAUCCACUUGUUUCAAAUGGUUUGAAUUAUUUUGAACAAUCUAAUAUACUUUUAUCUGUGUGACGGCACCAGAAUGCUGAUAUAUUCUACA